ACACACAUCCACAACCUCAAAAAUCACCAACCUUCAUUACGCACUUGGCACUCACCAGAGUCACAACCAAACCUCAUUCUCCUUCUCUCUUGGUCAUAAAUGUGAGCUACAAGAGCAAAGCUAAGAAUUUCACCAUGUUCAUAGACGAAGGAUCUCCCCACAUUGCUGAGUUCUUCUUUGCUCUGUUUUUUUUAGUCUCUUGAUUCACUAAAAAAGGAAGAAGGCGUGGAAGAAGGUGGUUUGUGCAAAGUCUUUAUAGUAUCUACUUCCACCUAGAUCACAGGGAAAAAAAAAAAUCAAUGGAGAUGGACUUAACACCAAAGACAGCACAACCAUUCAUUGAAGCAGAUGGUGGUAGUUACUACACAUGGACAAGUUCUCAAGUUCCACUUCUGGCUAAGACCAAUGUGGGUGCUGGUCGCUUUGUGCUUCAGCCUAGGGGCCUUGCUCUUCCUCAUUAUGCAGAUAUCUCCAAAAUUGGUUAUAUCGUUGAAGGAACUGAUGGCGUAGUUGGGAUGAUACUUCCCAACACAGGAAAAGAGGUGGUUUUGAAGCUCAAGCAGGGAGAUGUGAUACCAGUACCUCUUGGAGCAAUUUCAUGGUGGUUCAAUGAUGGAGACUCAGAUCUCAUCAUUACUUUUCUUGGGGACACUUCAAACGCUCAUGUUCCUGGCGAUUUCUCCUAUUUCUUUCUAUCUGGAGUUCAAGGAAUUCUAGGAGCUUUCUCCACAGAGCUAACAAGCAAAGCGUAUCACUUGAACAAUGAUGAUGAGGUGAGCAAGUUAACCAAAAGCCAAAAUGAGGUUGUGAUAAUCAAGCUAGAUAAAAACCAACCCAUGCCAAAACCCCAAAUUAACCUCACCAAAGAGCUAGUCUAUGACAUAGAUGUUGCAACCCCUGAAGUUGAAGUUAAAAAUGGUGGAUUAGUUAAAACUUUAACAGAGGAAGAGUUUCCUUUUAUUGGGGAUGUUGGGUUAAGUGUGAUUAGAGUGAAGCUAGAACCUAAUGCUGUUAAGGCACCUUCAUACCUUGCAAACCCUGCUGUUCAAUUGAUGUACAUUGCUAGAGGAAGUGGCAAGAUUGAAAUUGUGGGCUUGAAUGGAAAGCUUGCAUUGGACAGUCAUGUUGAGGCUGGUCAUUUGCUUCUUGUGCCUAAGUUCUUUGUGGUUGCUCAAAUUGCAGGGGAAGAAGGAAUGGAGAGCUACACUAUGGUAACAACUAAAAAGCCUUUGUUUGAAGAGUUCUCUGGUAAGGCAUCAGUUUGGGGCUCCUUAGCACCUGAAGUGCAAGAAGUGUCUCUUAAAGUGGAUUCAGAAUUUCAAAAGCUUUUCAUAUCCAAGAUCAAGAAAACCUCAAGUAUCAUCCCCCCUUCCUCUUGAAUGAUGCACUGUUGUGUCAUUAAAAAUAAAUAAAUUAAAACAGUAUUGGCUUGUUUUUGGGUCAAAACAAACAGUUUAGCUUGUGGUUGUGAUAGUCGUAGGUUUGGUUGCUAUCUUGGUGUUAUGCCACGAUAUACAAGCCCAACUCUUUUUCUUUUGUCAAAGAGUGAUGUCUCAACAUGUGGGGGUGGCUCACUUCCAAUGUGGCAAAGUGUUGUGCCAAGAAAAAGCUGGGUAUCUUUUAAUUCUAAGUGUUGUUAGACUCGUUCUUAAAGUGAGCUUGCCCCAGUGAUAUUCUCAGUAUGAUUUUUAGUAUGAGUGAACAUGUUUUAAUCUUAAUGUGUUAUGUUUUAUCUGUUUGUAUUGUAAUAUCACUCCUGGUGAUUUUGGACA